AUGGGAGACGAGAAGCCGCCGAUUGCGAUGGCCAAUCGAGAAAGAGAUCGAGAGCUUCUGAUUCCCGUCGCUGACUCCGGGGAAAAAGACGACGGUUCUACUUCGAAGCCCUCUUCCUCUUCUUCCUCUUCUUCUCAUCAAGCUAGCCACGAGACUUUGAGCUUGUUCAUUAGGGGUUGGGCGUCAAAGAAGUUCAUGACAGGCUGUGUGAUCCUACUUCCUAUCGCAAUCACUUUCUAUAUAACAUGGUGGUUUAUCCAUUUUGUUGAUGGUUUCUUCUCCCCAAUAUAUGCACAACUUGGAAUCAACAUAUUCGGUUUCGGUUUCUUGACUUCCAUUGCAUUCAUCUUCUUGGUCGGAGUGUUCAUGUCCUCGUGGCUGGGGGCAUCGGUUCUGAACCUUGGGGAGUGGUUUAUCAAGCGGAUGCCAUUCGUUCGCCACAUCUACAACGCCUCCAAGCAAAUCAGCACCGCCAUAUCUCCUGAUCAAAACACACAAGCUUUCAAGGAAGUUGCAAUCAUCAGGCAUCCUCGUGUAGGUGAAUACGCAUUUGGGUUUAUUACCUCAACUGUUGUUCUCCAGAAUUACCCAACUGAAGAGGAACUUUGCUGUGUUUACGUUCCCACUAACCACCUUUACAUCGGAGAUAUACUACUUGUCAACAGUAAUGAUGUUAUCAGGCCAAAUCUCUCUGUCCGGGAAGGAAUAGAGAUUGUUGUUUCGGGUGGAAUGUCAAUGCCGCAAAUUCUCUCGACACUAGAUAAACCGUCGGCCUCCAUCGACAGAGCUACAAGCGUUUAG